AUGGAAACUCUUUUGAGAGAAGAUGAGAGAAUGAUUGUGUGGGAUUUAGGAAAUUAUUUUGGUCUGAGAAACAAAGAAUACAAAGCGUGUAUUCAAUUUGCCGCUCAAAAGAAAAAUUGGGGAAACAAUACAAAGCCACGUGCACUUAAGAUUUUGACAAACUGCGAUAUUCUUGUUCAGGGAAACUCGGUAUCUGCUAUGGGUUCAUUUAAAGGCUUGAAACAAGUAAGAAUGAAAAAUGUUAAACAAAAGAAAGUUAAGACUAAAGAGAAUAAAGAGUAUACACCAUUUUCUCCACAACCACCAAGCAAGGUUGACAUGCAACUAGACACUGGUGAAUACUUUUUAAGUGACAAAGCAAAGGAGUUUGGUGAUAGGAAAUCUGCUAAUGAUGAAAUCGAUGCUGAAAUGUACAUCGCAGCAUCAGGUCAGCCGUCGUCUAAGAAAAAACGGAAGAACAAAAAUUAA